AUGGGCGGUUGUAUGAGCAUCAGCAGUGAGGAGGCGGAGCAGAAGAAGAAGAGUCAAGCUAUUGAGAGAGUGAUUGAAGAGGAUUCAAGAAGAUUACAGAAAGAAUGCAAGAUCCUACUUUCAGGGUCCGGCGAGAGCGGCAAGUCCACCAUUGUGAAACAAAUGAAGAUCAUUCAUCUUCAGGGUUAUUCAAAAGAUGAAUUAUAUAACUAUAGACCAACCGUCUUCAAGAACCUUGUCGAAUGCGCUAAGACUUUGAUAGCCGCGAUGCAGCAGUUCGAGAUAGAGCCACAAAUGGAGGAAAAUAAAGCUUACAUCGAGUACUUAUUGUCGUAUGCAGCCAUUUCUGAACCUCAAGCGCACAUCGAUCCUGAAGUUGGUACAGCUGUUCAAUCGCUGUGGGCCGAUCCUGCAAAGGACCGCUUGAUGGAGCAUCAGACCGAAUUCUAUCUGAUGGAUUCAGCAGAAUACUUCUUCCAAGAAGUCAUGAGAAUAGUAUCGCCCGAUUACCUACCCAACGAAAUGGACGUUUUGCGGGCUCGUACCGAGACUACCGGUAUAUAUGACACGCGAUUUCAGGUGGGUGAACUCAGUAUCCACAUGUUCGAUGUCGGUGGACAGCGUGGCGAGAGAAAGAAGUGGAUUCAUUGUUUUGAAAAUGUUACAUCGAUUAUAUUCUGCGUUGCUCUCUCGGAAUACGACCAGGUUCUCCUAGAAGAGAGUAGCCAGAAUCGUAUGCUGGAAAGUCUAUUGCUGUUCGAUUCCGUGGUAAAUUCGCGCUGGUUUAUGAGAACUAGCAUCAUCUUGUUCCUUAACAAGGUUGAUAUAUUCAAACAGAAGUUAACACGAUCGCCAUUGGGAAACUAUUUCCCGGACUACGUUGGAGGGAACGAUGUCAACAAAGCAGCAAAAUACCUGCUGUGGCGCUUUAAUCAGGUGAACCGUUCUCAUCUGAAUUUAUAUCCUCACUUAACGCAAGCGACCAAGACAUCCAAUAUCCGACUAGUAUUUGCUGCCGUUAAAGAGACAAUUAUGAAAAAUUCUCUCAAGCAGUCUGGAAUUAUAUGA